AUGAGAUUAGUGGGUUUCGGCCAUGUUGAUGUGGGAUGGAGAUCGGACGACGAGCUGAUCAGAGCAGAGGGGAAAGUAGCCACUUCCGAAGAUGCAGCGAGGGUCGAUGCCAACCCGCCUCUCGACCAACUGAUGAAGCUGCAACAGCAGCCGAAGGACAAGGUUGUCAAGGGCGAAUCCGUCGUCUACUGGAUGCGUAUGGAGGACAUGCGACUCGAGGACAACACAGCUCUCGCGCAGGCCUCGCAGAAAGCGCAGGAGAUGGGCGUACCGCUCGUUUGGCUCUUUGUGCUCUCGCCCGGCGACUACAAGAUGCACGAUCGCUCACCCAAGCGGAUCGACUUUAUGCUCCGCAACCUGCGGUAUCUGAGACCUCGAUUCGACAAGCUCAACAUUCCCCUGCACAUCGUUUCUUUCGAUAAACGCCUAUCCAUUCCCCGUCGGCUGGUUACCGAGGUCUUCCCAUCUUUGGGAGCCAACCACGUAUUCUGUAACCUUGAAUACGAAGUCGACGAGCUUCGGCGGGAUAUCGCCACUGUCAAGCUGGGGCGGGAGAACGGAGUGGAUGUCGUCGCGGUACAUGACCGGCUGGUCGUCCCGCCUGGUAGAAUCCUCAGUAAGGUUGGGAAACCGAUGAGCGUCUUUUCCCCAUGGCAGCGACAAUGGGCCAAGAUUGUGGACGAUGAGCCUGAUCUCCUCGAGAUCUCGCCUGACCCUAAGCCGAAUGACGCCGGCGUACGACAGCACGAGAAGCUCGGAAAGCUUUUCGAUGCAUCAGAUAUACCGGACCACCUCGAGGGAUUCGAGGUCGAGGAUGCUGAGCAGCUGAAGGUGUCCUGGCCGGAAGGUAUCGACAAGGCUCGAGAGCUGCUCGACCGAUUCCUACACACUAAACCCCGAAAACAACUCCUCAAGCUUGUCGACCCACUUUUGGACGGCGCGGAGAAGGACGAAAAGCUCUCCCGGGUGCAGCAGUACGGGACCGGCCGGAACCUCGUGGACGGAGACAAUAGCUCUCGGCUCAGUCCAUACCUCACUUCGGGGGUCAUUAGUGCGCGGAUGGUACUGCGGGAGGCCAAGAAGAUGGGGAAGGGGGGCAAGUUGGAAAGUGGGCGUGAUACGGGGUUGGGGAUGUGGGCACAAGAAGUGAGUUGUAAAGUCCACUUCUACAACCAUAUCAUGUGUACCUGGCCCCGUGUAUCGAUGGGAAGGCCGUUUUUGGAGAAAUUUGCAGACGUUCAGUGGCAGGUUUCCGAGCCACACCUUCAAGCGUGGAAGGACGGGAUGACUGGCUAUCCUAUUGUCGACGCCGCUAUGAGGGCAUGUAAAGCGCGAGGCUGGAUGGAGAAUCGGGUCCGGAUGGUGACUGCCAGUUUCCUUGUAAAGGAGUUAAUGCUUGACUGGCGUCUGGGAGAGAAGUACUUCAUGGAGAGCUUUGUCGAUGGUGAUCUUGCCGCGAACAAUGGCGGAUGGCAGUGGGUGGCAAGUACUGGAACAGAUCCCCAACCGUACUUCCGCAUCUUCAACAUGCUCUCCCAAUCCGAGAAAUGCGACCCCAACGGCGACUAUAUCCGAUACUGGGUCCCCGAGCUCCGAAAUCUCAAGGGCAAAGCGAUCCAUGAUCCGCAUGGCAAGAUGCCCAGUGCGGAGUUCAAGAAGCUGGGAUAUCCCGCGCCAAUUGUGGAACACAAGUUUGCGAGGGAGAGGGCUUUGUUUAGGUAUAAGAAUCCAGGAGAGAAGGAGCCGGGGAGCGAAUGA